GCUCUCUUGCACGAGCACUGCGGUUUGUUUUUUGUGCCUUUGUCGUUGGCUAUGUUAAACGACGAUUCUGCAACCUGUAAGAAAAUGGUGGCUCUGGCCAUCAAGUCUCUGCUGAAUCAGCUGGAUUUACAGCAUCAAAAUUCCAUGUUUAACCUGGUUAACACCUGGCUUACUGGCGAGAAGCCGGCUCUGCGGCGACUCGGAGCUCAGGUUUGUGGGCUGUUUGUGGAAGUUGAAGGGGAAAAGUUCAACCGGAGACUGGACGUCCUAAUACCUCUCAUUGAGAAAGAGAUCCACACUUCCAACUUUGAGGACAUUGAGGAAGAGGAGGAUGAGAAGGCUGCAGACAGACUGCUGUUCUGUUACCUCACGCUCAUCGUCAAACUCGUCAAAGACUGUGGCUUUCUGGAGCUCCACAAACCUGCAGACCUGCUCAACAACAUCUGGAGUCAUAUUGAUUCCCAUCUACGUUACCCUCAUUGUUGGGUCUGGCUGACGGCCUCUCAGAUCUUUGGUUUGCUGUUUGCUGCUCAUAAACCAGAGGAGCUCUUGGCCUUAUGGAGCUCUCAGGAGAACAUGAGUAAAACCACACAGCCUGUGGCCUGCGCUUUUCUCACUGACAACCUGUCUCAGAAGAUGAGAGAGCUGGUCCUGUCCUUCUGUUACCAACUGCAGUCCAAGUUCUUGGAUAUUUCUGCUGGAGAGCAG